AUGUCAAACCAAUCGCUUACAGCUAAAAAGCUCAUCAAACAAGCAGCCAUUGGCCAAACUGAGCGUCACGCAACAGCACGAGCUGCUCAAGCACGACUGGCUGCAGAUUUGGCCGCAGUCCCGGUAGCUCUUGAGGCCCCGCUAGUUGAACGGAUUACAGAAAUUCAUGCAAACCAGCGUCGGAUCUGUGCUCAGGCAGAGCAACUAGAUUCAGAUGUUGCGGCACUGCGCAAGCUUAACGCUAAAUGGCGCAACUUAACAACUUCGACCCGAAACAAGCUUAAGGAUUACGGUGAUGUACAAAACUGGGCUGAGAUUGUGGAUCAAGAUCUUCGAGUCAUUGAGGAAACGAUUAAAAUUGUACAAACCACAGAAUAUUGA